CCGGCUGCGCUGUACGCCGCAUGGUGAAUUUUGAGAUCUACCGGAUAGUUGGGUGAUAUUUUCUAGAGAAGUACUGUUUCGCGUUAGGUCGUAACCUAUAGUGGAGCGGGACAGUUCGUAUGUUAGGCGGGUCACGGACGUGUGAUUAGACACGAUGGAGUUAACGGAAGCGAACAUGGCCACGAUGGCCACUUACCUGAAGCAAACGCUCGAUCCUGUGUUGGAGCAGCGGAAAAACGCCGAAAAGUUCCUCGAAUCGGUAGAAACCAACAAAAAUUACCCGAUUCUCCUGCUAAGUGUCGUCGACAAGUUGGAGUUCGAGGAUGUGGCUCGACUAGCUGGAGCGAUCACGUUUAAAAACUAUGUUAAACGAAACUGGGCGGUGCCUGACGAAGUCAACAAACAGAGUGCUAUACACGAAGAAGAUCGUGAGCGCGUAAAACAACUAAUUGUCAACCUCAUGUUGAAAUCGCCACCGAAUAUCCAACGCCAGCUAUCGGAUGCUGUGAGCAUUAUUGGUAAAAGUGACUUUCCUCAGAACUGGCCAAAACUGCUAGAUGAAAUGAUUGCGUAUUUUGCCACCGGCGAUUUCCAUGUAAUUAACGGUGUUCUACAGACUGCGAAUUCGCUUUUUCAGCGAUACCGUUACGAGUUCAAGUCUCAGAGGCUAUGGAGCGAGAUCAAGUAUGUGCUAGACAGCUUUGCCAAACCCCUGACGGAUCUGUUUGUGGUAACGGUGAAUCUCGUUUCGUCGCACGGCGACAAUCCAACCGUGCUUCACGUUAUCUUCAAUUCACUCGUAGUGAUUGCAGAAAUCUUUUACAGUCUAAACUACCAGGAUAUUCCGGAGUUUUUCGAAGACAAUAUGAAAACUUGGUUUGAGCGUUUCCAUGCCCUGUUGUCCGCCAACAAUAAAGCACUAGCAAGUAACUCCGAUGACGAGCCUGGCGUUCUAGAGAAACUUAAAAGUCAGAUCUGUGAUAAUAUUUCACUCUACGCAGAGAAGUACGAUGAAGAGUUUUGCAGUUUACUACCAAAUUUUGUUAACGCCAUUUGGGAGCUUCUAGCCACUACAGAUUUGCAUCUUAAGUAUGACACGCUAGUUAGCAAUGCGUUACGCUUUUUAUCAACAGUGGCGAGAAAACCUCAGUACAAGAAUUUGUUUGAGGGCCCGGCAAUAUUCCAGUCUCUUUGCCAGAACGUUAUUAUGCCAAACAUGAGGUUCCGGCCAGCGGAUGAAGAACUCUUCGAGGACAAUCCGGAAGAAUACGUCCGAAGAGAUAUUGAAGGCUCGGACGUGGACACCAGAAGGCGGGCAGCCUGCGAUUUAGUGCGUUCACUAUCACGUCAUUUCGAAGACAAAAUUACCCAGAGUUUUUCUUCGUCAAUUGCCGAGUUGCUUCAGCAGUACACCAGUGACAACCGGAACUAUUGGAAACAAAAGGACACAGCAAUAUAUUUGGUCACUUCAAUGGCCGUCAAGGCAUCGACUGCUAAACACGGUACUACACAGACAUCUGACUUGGUGAAUAUUCAACAAUUUUUUGCCGAUUAUAUCCUGCCAGAGCUGAAGAAUGAGGACCCAACAUAUCUACCUGUAAUCAAGGCCGAUUGCAUCAAAUUCCACAUGGUCUUCCGAAACCAGCUUCCGAAAGAAAUGCACAUACAAGCUUUGCCGUUCCUCGUAAAACACCUCAGGAACCCGAAUUUUAUUGUUCAUACAUACGCCGCGGCUGCUAUCGAGAAGAUGUUUACUUUGAGGGUAACUCAAGCAGUGUCGGGAAGCGAUGUGACAUUAAUAUCCACACAAGACGUCAAACCGGAACUUGAGAUGCUUUUGAACAAUUUGUUUGCAGUUAUGGAGUUGCCCUGCUCAGCUGAAAAUGAGUACGUAAUGAAGUCAGUUAUGAGGACGUUCAGCUUGUCCAGAGCUGAUGUCAUUCCUUAUCUCAAUGCCCUGUUGCACGCUCUAACAAAGAAACUAAUGUUGGUUAGCAAAAAUCCGUCAAAGCCCCACUUCAACCAUUAUCUGUUCGAAACACUAUGUCUAUCUGUGAAAAUUGUUUGCCAGAAUGACAGGACAAAAGUCAGCGAUUUCGAGACAGUGUUCUUCCCCGUCUUCCAGGAGUUGUUAACACAGGAUGUGCAAGAAUUCGUUCCCUAUGUUUUCCAACUACUCAGCAUGAUGCUCGAGUACCAUCAGGGUGCUGCACCUGAAUCGUACAUGGGAAUGUUCCCGUGCCUACUGACGCCGAUUCUCUGGGAACGCCAAGGCAAUAUUCAGCCGUUGGUUCGUCUAAUUCAGGCGUUCAUCGAACGAAGCUCGGCUCAGAUUAUCGCAAUGGAAAAGUUGAACGCCGUUCUCGGAGUAUUCCAAAAAUUGAUUGCUUCGAAAAACAACGAUCAUCAUGGGUUUCACAUUGUGCAAAGUCUAGUCGAACAUAUGGAGCCGUCUCAUUUGCAGCCGUUCAUCAAGCAGGUUUUUAUCCUGUUGUUCCAGCGUCUGACCAGUUCGAAGACAACUAAAUUAGUUAAGGGGCUGCUGGUAUUCUUUAAUUUGUUUGCCGUCAAAUACGGACCUGUGGCGUUGCAGACUACAGUCGACGAACUCCAACCACAAUUGUUCGGUAUGGUACUGGAAAAGCUCUACAUUGCCGAAGUGCAACGGGUCAGCGGUCAAAUCGAGCGAAAGAUCUGUGCCGUCGGCAUUGUCAAGAUUCUUUGUGAGCUGCCUGCAAUGGUUUCGACGUACGGAGCAUUCUGGCCGCAGCUGCUAGAAGCCCUUGUCAAGCUGUUAGAAGCACCAGAGGACACAACUAUUCCGGAAAAUGAACAUUUUGUUGAGGUCGAUGAUUCCAGCGGAUACCAGGCUGCGUAUUCACAGUUGCAAUUUGCCAACAAACCACCCAUUGAUCCUCUAGCGCAUAUUCAGGAACCGCGACUGUUGUUAGUGGAAGGAUUGAGUGCUCUGUCGCUAAGUGCCGGCCAGGGACGCCUACCUAUGAUGAUCCAGACUGGCCUGACACCCGCGGCUGGUCAGUAUGUUCAACGCUACUUGGAAACGGCCGGAGUGACUUUACUGUAAAAACUAAAUACGUCCGUGAAG